AAAGCUGCUGCCAAGUCUUUUCUUCCAAAUAAUUAUAAAAAUACACGUACAGAUAGUUUAUGUGCGUAGUUUUUAAACUGCAUUCACAGAAGCUGCUAACCAGCGCGGAAUCAUCCCUAUCAUCAUCAUGGCGGAUCAAGGCGAAUCUCCGGCUCCCGUCCACCACCCGCAACCAGCGCUGACAACCAGCUGGCCAAUUACCAGGGAGUCGUACGAGCUGCAGGAAGUCAUAGGCAGCGGGGCCACAGCUGUGGUGCAGGCAGCCCUCUGUACCCCGAGACAGGAGCGCGUCGCCAUAAAGAGAAUAAACCUGGAAAAAUGCCAGACCAGCAUGGAUGAGCUAUUGAAAGAAAUUCAAGCAAUGAGCCAGUGCAACCAUCCUAAUGUUGUCACCUACUACACUUCCUUUGUUGUGAAGGAUGAACUUUGGUUGGUCAUGAAACUUCUGAGUGGAGGCUCCAUGUUGGAUAUAAUAAAGCACACAAACAAAGAGGAGGACAAGAAUCGAGCACUAGAUGAGCCUAUAAUUGCUACUAUACUUAAAGAAGUCCUGGAAGGCUUAGACUACCUGCACAGAAAUGGACAGAUUCACAGGGAUGUGAAAGCGGGGAAUAUACUACUUGGAGAAGAUGGCUCUGUUCAGAUUGCAGAUUUUGGAGUUAGUGCAUUCCUCGCCACAGGAGGGGAUAUGACAAGAAACAAAGUCAGAAAAACCUUUGUCGGCACGCCGUGCUGGAUGGCGCCAGAAGUGAUGGAACAGGUUCGAGGCUAUGAUUUCAAAGCAGAUAUAUGGAGUUUUGGUAUAACAGCCAUCGAGUUAGCAACAGGAUCAGCACCAUAUCACCGCUACCCUCCUAUGAAGGUUUUAAUGCUUACUCUACAAAAUGAUCCACCUACUCUAGAGACGGGUGUAGAGGACAAAGAAGUGCUUAAAAAAUACGGCAAAUCAUUCAGAAAGCUUAUAACUAUGUGCCUUCAGAAGGAUCCUGCCAAAAGGCCAACAGCUGCAGAACUUUUAAAGUGUAAAUUCUUCCAAAAGGCCAAGAACAAAGAAUAUUUGGUUGAGAAGCUUUUGUGUCAUGCACCAAAGAUUUCCCAGAGAGCGAAGAAGGUGAGGAGGGUCCCAGGCUCCAGUGGUCACCUGCACAAGACAGAGGAUGGAGACUGGGAGUGGAGCGACGACGAGCUAGAUGAAGGCAGUGAGGAGGGCAAGGCGGCGGUGAAUCAGGGCAGGUCACGAAGGGUCAAAGAUGAGGCCAAAGAUAAUGAGGAGAACGCCAACAAUGUCCCUAUUGAAGGCUUGUCUAUUCAGCAUCCCCAGGUUGAACCAUAUGAGGAUGCACCCUACAUUCCAGGUGCUGUGAACAUGGUACUCCGGCUAAGGAACUCCAGAAAGGAGCUGAAUGACAUCCGGUUUGAAUUCACUCCUGGGAGAGACACGGCUGAUGGCGUUUCCCAGGAACUGUUCUCUGCCGGUCUGGUCCAUGGGCACGACGUUGUUAUUGUUGCUGCUAACCUUCAGAAGAUUGUAGAUGACCCAACUACCUACAAAGUGUUGACCUUUAAGCUGGCUUCCAGCUGUGACGACACGGAGAUCCCGGACGAGGUGAAGCUGAUCGGCUUUGCGCAGCUGAGCGUCAGCUGAUGUUCUCUUCACGCCUGAAGCAGGUGAGACGGGGGAGACAGUUCAGGGCAGACAGACUUGAGGAACAAACCGACACUUCCUGCAUCUUCUUCCCCAACACUCCCUGUAAACUCCCUCCCUCCCUUCCCUUCACUCCUUCACACCUUCUCCUUAACGUUGAGCUCUGCCACCGCCCCGCCUACGCCCCCUUAACGCUCACUGUCCCCUGAUUUUUGACCUUACCGACAUUCCACCGCCCAGCGCACAAACGGGGAUCAGGAUUAAGCCCAGGAACCUAAAGAUGUACUCAGGUGGUGACAGGAGGUGAUUAAGAUGUAGCUUUGAAUUUUUAUUUAUUUUUGUGUUUCUUUUUGUUAUUUUAUCACCUUUAACUUUUGCCAUUUAUCUUCUCUACCAUUACCAAAGUUGUUAUUAUUUAAGAAAGAGAAGGUACUUUAUUUCAAGUUUCACACUGUUUUGUUACCAGAGUGAGUUCUUUUUCUUGCAUCUCACAAACCCACUCCUUUGUGAUGUUUCCGAGGUCUUUGUCAGAAUGUAAGAUUAACUUAAUUUAUGUCAAAAAGCACAUUAGACAUAAUGAAUGUCUAAAACAAGUAUGAAUCAUAAUUCUGUGUCAAGACCUGUUUUGCAUUGACCAGAAGGGGACCAUUAGCGUGAUUGUGCAGGAAAAAAAAAAAAGAUAAAAUGAGACCUGGAUGCUACUGUGUAUAAUUUGCUGCUCUCGACAGUGCUAAUGCUUCAAAAAGUUAGAGGUGCCUUGUUCAUUUUUCUCCGUGCCUAAGAAAGUAGUGAAUGAGCAAGACCACAGAAGGGGCAGAACCUGCUAAUGACCAUUACACAAAUGUAUUACUCCAGCAAUGACACAAAGUAUGUUAACUUAAAGCUACAAUGCACUUUUGGGCUGGCCGAGCAGACGCAUAGCCCCUGGAAUAUAUAACACAACCUGUAGUCCUGUAAUCUGCUCUGGUCGUAUUCAAACACCAGGCUAACAUACAAAAAUGACAACAGUUUCAUUUUCUUGCUCUUUUCUGCUGCACUACAAGACCUUUUUGUUUCCCCAAUAUAUAGUUGUUUCUACACUGUACUGUAUGACAAUGCAUCUGAGGAUGAAACCAAAAGGCAACUAUUGUAAGAGUGAAGAGCCAUCCGAAUGUCCAGACAAGUCCAGUAGCUCUGAAUUAUUUUGAAGUAUUGAGAUGGUAAAUAUUAACUUCUAAUAAAGUCUUUAUUCUGAAGUAAUUUAUUGUGUUUUUUAUGUACAGUAUGUGUACCAUUUCAGCAUAUUAUCCCCUU